CAAAGAUCCUUUACUCAUCCCUCAAAUGCCAAUCCAAUCUCACAUUCACUUUGCAGCUCAAGAUGCUCUUCUACAUCUUCCUCGCAAUUAUAAGCUAUCUUUUGUACACAGUGGUCAACAACAUCAUUUCUCUGCGUCGGAAUAUAGCUCUUGUCAAAUGUUGGGGACUGCCAUAUGUUGUACUCCCCUUCAAUGAAGUCGGGGUGGCCCGCUCAGCGCUGGUCGAACUUAUUUUGCUUCCAUUUCUCAAGCUUUUCCCGUUCACACAUAAAUGGAUUUGGCCGAAAUUCAUGAACGCUUUCAAUCAUUGGACUUUCCUUCGCACCCAUCUUGGUAGCCUUGGCGACUUUUACGCUACGGUGUCCCCAUCCAGCUUUCAUUUUGAGUCGAUGAACGCCGAGAUAAACACUCAAGUAGCAAACCGCCGUGCUGAGUUUGAGAAGCCCGUUGAAAUAUAUACCAUUGUCAAUGUCUUUGGUCGAAAUGCUCUUACGAGUGAUGGUCCUGAUUGGCGGCGGCAGCGCAAGAUCAUCUCGCCUGGAUUUACUGAACGGAACAAUGCUCGCGUUUGGGAACUCGGCUUGAAGCAGGGGCAAAGUAUGUUGGAGUACUGGGCAAGUAAAGGAGGAAGCAGCAUCGAGGAACUGAAAGUCGAAAAUACGGCAUCAGAUACAGCUACGCUUGCCCUGCAUAUUAUUUGUGGUGCUGGCUUCGGUAUUCCACAGAUCUGGCCCCAUGAAGAUGAAUCGAUUUUGGGAGACAAGAAAAUGGCCGGACUCAAUACGAAACGACCAGCUGAGGGCCACAAGCUCACGUUCAAGGAAGCACUGGUUUACACUACAGGACUUCAAAUUGCUUGGUUCAGUGUUUUCCCAGAAUGGGUUCUCCAGAAAUCUCCCUUCAAGAUCCAUCAGAAGCUGAUUGCGGCGCGUGAUGACUGUCUGUUUUAUCUCAAGGAGCUCAUCGAGCAGAAAAGAAACUACAGAAGAUUGGGUUUCGAGCAGGACGCAACGGAUCUCAUAGCCCCCCUCGUCAAGGCAUCAGAUGAUGCAGAGCGAUCCAAGGCGGAGGGAAAGGGUGUCUCCCAGGAUGAGGGUCUCAGCGAGGAAGAGAUCACGGGCAAUACAUUCGUCAUUAUGUUUGCAGGCCACGAAACGACAGCCAACGUCCUCCAUUUUUCGUUUCUCUUCCUGGCCAUAAACCUCGCUUCCCAAAGGCAUCUUCAGUCAGAUAUCGACGAAAAAAUUGGAGAUCGGCCGGCUUCGUCUUGGUCGUAUCAAGUUGACAUGCGCAACCUGUUCAACAGCAUGGUUGGCGGCGUGCUUCAUGAGACCAUUCGUCUUAUACCGCCCGUCCCCCAUAUCCCCAAGAUCAACCGUGGUGGCCCAAAACAGGUCAAGGUUGAUGGGAGGACAAUCUCCAUCCCUGGGAAUGGUACCUUCGUUCAUUUGGAGAAUUCCACUCUUCAUCGAAGCAGGAGGUAUUAUCCAUACGGUCCUUCCAAAAUCACUGAUUGUGACGACGACCUCGAUGAUUUUGUACCAGAGCGCUGGCUGCAGAAAGACCCGAAAAGUGGCGAGGGAGAAACGACGGAACAGCAGGUAGAUGGUAUGGAGGUCGCUUCAUUUGAAGUGCACGGCUCCUUGUUUCGUCCGGUCAAGGGAGCAUACAUGCCGUUUUCUGAGGGACCGCGAGCUUGUCCUGGCCGACGAUUUGCCGAGGUUGAAGUCACGGCUGUGUUGUCGUUGGUAUUCAAGCAGUAUAGUGUCGAGUUGGAUGUGAGCGCGUGGGCGAGUGAUGAGCAGGUGGAGGAAAUGACGCUGCAACAAAAGAGGGAUGUUUAUGGGGAGGCGCAGAAGAGGGCGUGGGCGUUGAUCAGGGGGAGUCAGAUGACCUUUACGUUGAAGAUGGAGGGCGAUCCAGUGCCUGUGAGGUUCGUGAAAAGGGGCAAGGAGAGAUUUUCGGAUCUGAGACUGUGAGCUGGGUAUAACUUACAUCUUGAAAAGAUGUAGGAUAACUCAUGUAUAGAAUUGUAUUUGCAAUAGAUGGGUCUGGAGAUGCUGAGAAUAAUAUGAAGCAUAGCAGAUCCAUUGAUCAC